UGCAGCUCCCCAGGUCUAUUACGACCUACCUACACGCUGGGCACGGAAGCCCUCAGAAUUCUCGAUCAGGCGCAUACUACACCAUACGAUUGUGCGGUCCCUGCGGUCUUGAUGGCGGCAGAUGGUCUCGCCCGAACCCGUGGACAUUUUCUUCGCCAUUCGCGGAUUAAGGAGUUCUCUGGUUAUAGUGGAAAGAUUCACACGCUCUCCUGGAAUAUUAAUGGUUCCAAGCUUGCAUCCGGGUCUGCCGACAAACUGAUCAACGUUUAUGCGUUUGAUUCCUCUAAACUUACUAAAGUCCACACUUUUCGAGGACACAGUGAAAGUGUUGACCAAAUUUGCUGGCAUCCGUCGGAUGCUGAUGUGCUCUCAUCUGUUGGUGCGGAUGGUGCUGUUCGAUUAUGGGACUGCCGUUCCAAACGCGAUCCAACUACCGCCCAACUGAAAGGCGAGAAUAUAAAUCUUACCUGGUCCACCGAUGGUCGGUAUAUUGCCGUUGGCAGCAAGACGGAUCUCAUUUCAUGGUUGGAUGUUCGAACAGGGUUGAAAACGCUUCAAUCAGAACAAUUCAAUUUUGAAAUCAACGAGUUCGCUUGGAAACCAAACACAGAUAUCUUUCUUCUUACCACCGGUCUCGGAAGUAUAUUGGUUUACAGCGGUAAACCGGGCAAUAUGAUUCGAGAGACUAGUCUACAGGCACAUCCAGUGAACACCAUGUGCCUUCAGUUUGCUCCUUCUGGUCGGUACUUUGCUGUGGGUUCCGCCGAUGCUCUAGUCUCCAUUUGGGAUGCUGAUGAGUUCGUUUGCUUACGCACAUUAUCUAGACUUGAAUGGCCUGUACGCGCUCUCGGAUUUUCUCACGAUAGUAUGCUGAUCGCCGCAGCGAGUGAAGACCACUUCAUCGACAUUGGCCACGUAGCAACGGGCGAACCGGUGUUUCAAGUGGGUAACCAUUCUUCGGCCACCUUCGUUCUAGCCUGGCAUCCGAAGCAGUACCUGCUCGCCUACUCCAGCGAGGCCAAAUAUGAACGCGAUCAAGGCACAAUACGAUUGUUCGGGUUACCACUAGACGGUAGCCGCCCACUGGAGCAGAUCUGAUUUGUAUUCUCGCCUCUCAUUUUCUUAUUUUCUACUAUACAUGUUGCACAUAUACGGUCAACUUGCA